CUCACUCUCCGCUCAGAGCUGACCACCAGAAUGACCUCCUACUCCAGCCGCAGCAGCUUCUCCCCCAUCAAGAGCUCCAUCGUGAUGGGCCCCUCCAUGUCCUCCUCCCGCUGGGGGAGCAGCACCGGAUCCGGCAGUGUGUAUGGAGGAGCUGGAGGGUCAGGAGUCCGUGUCUCCAAGGCCUCCUUCAACUUCUCCUCCAGCUCUGCAGCUGGCGGAAGACUCGACCUGAGCGACGCUAUCGACGUUGCUGUCAGCGAGAAGGAGACCAUGCAGAACCUCAACGACCGCCUGGCCACCUACCUGGAGAAGGUGCGAAGCCUGGAGAAGGCCAACGGAGACCUGGAGCUGAAGAUCCGACAGUAUCUGGAGAGCAGAACGGGACCUGAGGUCCACGACUACCGCAGCUUCAACGUCAGAGUGAAAGACCUGCAGGGAAAGAUUCACAUGGCUGCUCGUGGAAACGCCGCCCUUAUCCUCGCCAUUGACAACGCCAAGCUCGCCACUGAUGACUUCAAGAUCAAGUUCGAGAACGAGCUGGCCAUGCGUCAGUCCGUGGAGGCCGACAUCGGUGGGCUGAAGAGGGUCCGCGACGAGUUGACCCUGAGCCGUGCCGACCUGGAGCAUCAGGUGGAGGGUCUGAAGGAAGAACUGAUCAUGCUGAAGAGGAACCAUGAGGAGGAUCUGCUGGUUCUGCGGGCUCAGGUGGGCUGUCAAGUAAACGUGGAGGUGGACGCUGCGCCUCAGGAGGACCUGGCCGCCGUCAUGUCCGGAAUCAGAACACACUACGAAAACGUCGCCGUCAAGAACCGCAAAGACCUGGAGUCCUGGUUCCAGGCCAAGACGGCAGAGCUGAACAAAGUAGUGGCUGGGAGCACCGAUACACUGCAGACGUCAAAGAGUGAGGUCGGAGAUAUCAGAAGAACAGUUCAGACUCUGGAGAUCAAACUGCAGGCUCACAUCAGCAAGAAAAGAGCUCUGGAGGUGACUCUGGAGGAGACCAAGAGCCGCUACGCUAACAUGCUAAUGGGGUAUCAGAGGCAGGUGGUGGCCCUGGAGGAGCAGCUGACCCAGCUGAGGACCGACCUGGAGAACCAGAGGGUCCUGUACGUCGACCUGCUGGACAUCAAGACCAGACUGGAGUUGGAGAUCGCCGAGUACAGGAGGCUGCUGGAAGGCGAGACUGAGAGCAGCACCACCACCGUCACCAAGACCACCCGAGUCGUAACCAUCGUGCAGGAAGUGGAUUCCUCUGGAAACGUUGUGAGCUCCAACUCCAGCGCACAGGAGAAAUCAAUCGUCACAGAACAAUCAGCUUAAUAGUAAAGAUGUUCCAAAACCAUUUCCCCCUCUGAUACGAAUGUUGACGAGUAUAAUCGCAUUAUCGAAAGUCCCUCUGAUAUCAGCGGUAUUAAAAAUACAAGUCAUACCUCAAGUUAAGAGGCUGAUGUCAGAUCA